AUGAUUGCUCCGCUCAUUGACGAGCUGCAAGAGGAAUACGGCGACAAGCUUCGAUGCGUGAAGUUGAACACGGACGAGGACCCCAGCAUCGCUACUGAGUAUGGCAUCAGGAGUAUACCCACGGUCAUCGUCUUCAAAGGCGGCAAGAAGAUGGACACAGUAAUUGGUGCCGUGGCCAAGUCCACCCUGCAGUCAACCGUGGAGAGGUUUAUGGAUUGA